AACACAGCUGGUUUUAAUGCAAUAUUUAUAUCUUUGUUAAUUGCAGAAAAUAGAGAGUAUUGAUUUGUGUUAAAUAUUAUUCCAUUUUAAUUCAACACCAAAAAAAAAAAUAAAAAUAAAAAUAAUAACAAACCAUAUUGAUCGAUACGUAAUGUCAAAUCCUUUUGGUGAGCCUGACUGCGAAAUUGUUAACGGUGAAAUUUUAGAAGGUUUUCUUUGUCCAAUCUGCCAUGAAGAUUUGAAAUCGUUGGAAUUUUUAACAGAGCAUUUUGAAAAAACACACGCUGAGGAGCAAGAUGUCUUAAAAUCUAUAUUCAAAGACAUUUUCAGCAAAGCGAAAAAGAAAAUUAAACUAAACCUCGACGAAAAAUUUGAUUUCAGUCGAAAUUCCGAUAAAAGUAUUGCUCUUACAAGUCGUAUUGAGGAAACUACAGUCUCAACUACGAAUGUACGUACACGUUUGAAUAUUUAUAAUUUUAUGGAUCAACAGAAAGAAGGAGUAGAGCGAUCACACAUAGAUUAUUUUCAAACAGUGAGAAACCCUCGUUUGGAACGCUAUGCCAGUGAAACAAAUAAAUUAGUAAUACGUUUACAUAAAUUGGUAAAGGAUAUGCCUACAGAUGCUCUAUUACGCAAAAAGCAUGAUCAAAAUAUUGUUCCUUGGUUAGAUGGUAGAUCAGUGAAAUUGUGUCCAAAUUGUGCCAAGAGUUUUCAUAUCGCCCGACGUCAACACCAUUGUCGUCUAUGCGGCAGUAUUAUGUGCCAGGAGUGUUCGAAAUUUUUAUCUCUGGCUUCUGCAAUGGAACUCGCUAGCUUGACUACGGCCUAUAGUGAUUCAUCUAAACAACCAAUAAUUUCGAGUGGGAGCACUACUAGCGAUCUUCAACGAAAUGGUAUUCGUUCAUGUUCUCAUUGUUUUUGGUUGUUGGACACACGGCAAGAAAUGCAUGAAAGUCAUACGUGCCGUCCACUUAUUACCCAGAUUUACUUGGAAAUUCAGCAGCUACGUAAAAAUGUUACGCCCGAUAUUGAUAUGUAUUUAAAAAUUAUAGGUAGUUUGUAUGAAGGUGAAUCGAUUCUCACUUUGAGUGAUGCUAGUGCAUUACGUGGCAAAAUUGGACAAAUAGCCGAAGCCAUUGAUGUACAUAGCAAACGUAUAUUGAGCUUACCUUGCGAACAAGGCUCUAGGGAGGAAAGUUUAAAGAAAUCAAUUAGGUUAUCUUGCAUACAAUUGAUAAAAGAGAAAAUGUUAUCGUUGCCACCUUUGCCGCAAGAAGACGAAAUACGUAAAAUACAAGAUCGUAAACGUAUUGAGACCGAGCAACGCAUAGCUUCUGAACGUAAAAUGGCUAUGGAAGCAUAUGAACGUUAUGGGCUGGCAGUUUCAACAAACACGCAAAAGAAUACCGAAUAUGUGCAGGGGUGCGAUUUACGUUCUUUGGAUAACUGGAGUGCUCGUCCAGUCAGCACCGCUGGUAGAACCCAAAACAAUGAUCCUUUAGUAGAGCAAAUCAAUAUUAUAAAAGGUUAUAUUAAACAGGCAAGACAGGAUAUGAAUUUCGACGUAGUUGAAACCUUGGAGACGAAUUUAAGAGAAUUACAAAAAGAAUUCUAUGAACGUCAAAAACCUUUGAGACAAAGUAAUGAAACUGAAAAUAAUAAAUCUCGUAUGGAUGACCAUUAAAAGCUGUUUAACAUAUUUUUAAAUUAUUAAUUUUCGUUUUUGUGCUCAGGCGCUUAUGUAUAGGUUUAAGUAUACAAAUUAUUGAUUUAUAUAUAUUUCAAUGUUUACAUUACUAAUUAUAUUUGAAAGUAAUAAAGCUUGUAUGAUAGAAGUGCAAAAUA